AUGAAACAAGAGUUUCAAGUGACACGUCCAUUCCUUCUGUCUCAUGGCACUACCACCUUGGGCUUUGCCUUCCAGGGCGGCGUGAUCGCAGCGGCCGACUCUCGCGCCAGUGCUGGCGGUCUGGUUGCUUGUCCUGAAGUUGCGAAGAUCACUCCUAUCCACUCCCACUUGGUGGUCACCUCUUCGGGCAGUGGAGCUGACUGCAUGCUGUGGGAGCGCAUCCUCACUCGCGAAAUCCGCCUGUACCAGCUCCGCCACGGGCGCAGGCUGUCCAUAGUCAGUGCCGCCAAGCUCCUCUCCUUGAUGUUGCAUCCGUUUAAAGGAACUGAUGUGUGUGUGGCCUUGACACUGUGCGGAUGGGAGCAAUCUGGUCCCAGGCUCUGCUACGUGUGCAGUGAUGGCACUUUCCUGAAGGGGGAGCUCUUCUCCGUGGGCUCGGGCUCCCCGUACGCCUACUCGGUGCUGGAUGGUGCUGUGAGGUGGGAGAUGUGCACGGAGGAGGCCGUGUCUGUGGCCAGGGAGGCUGUGUACAGGGCCACUCACAGGGACGCGUACUCGGGGAACAACGUGGACAUCUUUCACAUCACCGCACGUGUAACCAUGUUGUCAGUGAGUGACAGAACGUGUCAGAACCCCAACCACCAGAGGGCAAUGUUCAAGAGGAUGACGCGCUAG